AUGAGCCUCAAAGUCAUCAUCGUUGGUGGGAGCUUUUCCGGCCUAAGUCUUGCGAAUAUGCUGGAAAAGUUCGACAUGGACUAUAUCCUCCUGGAAGGGCAUUCUAGUAUUGCACCUCAGCUUGGCGCAAGCGUCGGGCUACUUCCGACCGGUUUGCGCAUCCUGGACCAGCUUGGCUGUUACGACGAGAUUGAGAAGACGGUCGGGGAUACCCAUUACAAAGCGUGUAUGAGUCUCUUUGGUGGAACAUUGUGGGUAGAUCCGGAGGACAAGACAGUUUGCCAAAAGCUAGAGGAGAGAAUCGGGUACCCCCAAAUAUUCAUCGAUCGUCAAGUUGCACUCCAGAUCCUAUACAACAAUCUCAAAUCUAAAGAGCGUGUUCUGACGAACAAGCGUGUCUGUAGUGUAGAGCACGAGUCGGAAGGCGUCAAAGUCUACACCAAGGAUGGGUCAACGUAUACAGGUGACUUUGUUGUUGGAGCGGAUGGCGUUCAUAGUGCUGUCAGACAAGAGAUGUGGAGGAUUGCAGAUGAGGACGGGUUGAAAGUUUUCAAAUUCGACCCACUUCGAGACCUUCAAUGCGAAUCCAAGUGCAUCUUUGGCAUCUCCAAAAGACCUUCUGGCCUUACGGCGUCGCCCUUGCGGCUCAAUGCAUUCUUCAAGGACUGCAACUACCUGGUCAUAUCCGCUCCCGAAGACUGUACCUACUGGUUUUUGAUAACCGAGACGCCGAAGACAUUUGGAAAAGACAUCCCUAGGUAUACGAAAGAAGAUGAACAGGCGCUGGUAGAGCGGCAUCUCCAGGACCGUAUUACAGACAAAGUCACGUUUGAGGACCUGUAUGCGAAUCGAUUGCAAACGACGCUUGUACAUCCGCUCAGUGCACAAGGUGCCAACACUGCUAUCGAAACGGCUGCCGUUCUAACGACCACCCUACUUAUAGCAGUACAAGCCAAGGAACCCGGAAAGUCAUUUAUGGAAGAAGACGUCAUCUCGAUCUUUACAGAAGUUCAGGCCGCUCAAUUUAAUCGAGCCGUCGCCGCCGUCAAUCAAGGCCGUAUGAUGAACCCCAUAACCGUCAAGGAAACCUUGCGAUCACGCAUGUUCAUCAACUACUUCUUUCCUCGCUUCGGACAGGGUAUGAUAUUCAAAACAUGGGUCGACAGUACCCUCAAUGGCCCUCUCAUCAACAAUCUUCCCGUUCCAGCACGAUAUGUAUCUACAGUCAGUCGCUACGCAGACGCCUACUCCGGACGAUGGCGCUCCUUGUGGAGCUUGAUACCGAUGAGCGUCGGGAUGGUCACUGUUCUACUCUCAACAGUGAGGGCUCGGGAACUCCCAUAG